UCAGCUUCCGUCAGAUUGCCUAAGAUUCUGUCAGGUUCCGUCGGGUUCCGUCAGGUUCCGUCAGCUUCCGUCAGCUUCCGUCAGGUUCCGUCGGGUUCUGUCAGCUUCCGUCAGCUUCCGUCAGGUUCCGUCGGGUUCCGUCAGCUUCCGUCAGCUUCCGUCGGGUUCCGUCAGCUUCUGUCGGGUUCCGUCAGCUUCCGUCAGAUUUCCUAAGAUUCUGUCAGGUCUCUCAGUUCUGUUAGAUUCUCUUGGGUUUUGUCAAAGCUGCCAGGUUCCGUCAGGUUCUGUCAGGUUGUGUCCGGUUCUGUCCGGAGAGACCGCCAGGCUGCUGGGGUCCCAGGACUGGGGGUUGGGGCCUGAUGGGCCGGUGGGGGGCCGGCAGCUGAGGCCUGGGCCCCGCGGCCUCCCACCCUGCCCAGGGGCGCCAGCCGCACUUCCUUGGCCUGCAGCUCCUCAGCCUGGAGAAGCUUCUGGAAACUCGAGCUCCCAACCUCCACAGGAGGCAGCGUGGCCAUGUGCCCCCCGGUCAGCACGCGCUACGCUGGAGAGGGCCUGUCCCACCUCUACGCAUCCUGGCUGUAUGAGCUUCAGCAUGGGGACCAGCUGCGGACCUGCUUUGCCUGCUUCAAGGCUGCCUUCCUGGACCUGAAAGACGCGCUGGAGCUGGAAGACUGGGACGAGGACGCCUGGGACGCGGAGCCCAUGGAUCUCACCGAGGCAGAGCCUGAGCAGGAAGGGGCGCCAGGGGCGGGGCCGAGCGGGGGGCAGGGCCAAGGGCAGCCUGGGCAGGGGAGCUCCGCGGGCUGGGCGGCCGAGGCCCUGGCAUCCGCCCCGGCAGCCUCGGAGGCGGUGAGCCUGAACCACCACUUUGUCCCCACCGAGCUGGAUCCCCAGGACGCAGUGUCCCUGUGCCUGGGUCCUGAGGACUCUGACUGGACCCAGGUCCUUCCCUGGAGAUUCGAGGACAUUCCCUCCUGCUCACACUGGCCCAGCCUCCCUCCCCCAUGGCAAGGUGUUCUCAACGUGGACUUGCCCCCAGGGGAGCCCAUGUUGUUGGAGCUGGGCACCAUCUGGCCCAUGGACUCUGCCAGGCUUGAGGCCUGGUUGCUGGACCUGCAGGUCGUCUCCCUGGUGGGCCGCUAUGAUGCUGUCUACCUGCGGAAGAUGACAGCGGGCUGGGUCCUGAGGGCCCCGGGCCUGCGCUGGAAGCUCCUGCUGGAGCCUGAUGAGGUGUGGGUGGUGAGACUCCAGGAUGCCCCCGGGGAGCAGGAGCUGCACCAGUGGAAGCUGAGCAUUCUAGAAACCUCAGCAGGAAGUAAUGCCGAGCUGGUCCCUGCACACAAGGCUCUGCUCAUGAGGGGCCUCACCAUUGUCUCUUACGCUCCCUGGGCCGGAAGGGAGGUGGAGAGGCAGAACACCCUCCCAAGUUUCGUAUUCUCCACCACCCUGCUUCAGGAUCCCUGUGCCAUUGGAACCUGGAGCAGUGUUCCCCGGGGUUCUGGGGAGAGUAUGCCUGACAUGGGCGCCGCAGCCCUGGGGGAGGUGCCCUGUUUCAUACCUUUCAGCCCCAAGCCCUAGAAGUGAGGCACCCUCACUCAGGCUGCCUCAGCACAUGCAAAGGGAAAGGGCCAGCAGUUGUCCUCCAUGACAGCCAGGGGAGCGGUGGGCCAAGGAUAGGUGCCUUUGCCUGUAGAGUAAGUGUUGAGCAGCCUUAGGUGCUAGGGAAUGGGCCCUGCCGUGGCCUCACGGAACGCGCCAUGAGUGUUUUUGCUUGUAGACAGAUUCUUAUCAGUGAGCGUCACGUAGUUUGAGAUGCGAUACUGAUCCAGAUGUGACUGCAAACCCUUACUCUGCUGCUCCUGACAGGGGGCAUUGGUAGCUUGCCGGUCCUGGCCGUGGACGUGACAUCGCAUUUCUGACACGCUCCCUGGAACCCGAACGUUUCCGUGACUUUUCUGAGGCAGUCUCUGGGGUCCCAGAAGACCCUGUUGAUCCACUGGAGUCUGGUUUAUUGUGGAAGAGACUUGGUUUCAAAUAAUGGCCACAAUUUGGCCAUUUAAUUCCUGUUGCUUUGUUUGCAUGUUUUUUUUAAAGAUUUAUUUAUUUAUUUGAAAACUAGAGUUACAGAGAGGCAGAGAGAGAGAGAGAGAGAGAGGUCUUCCAUCCGCUGGUUCAUUCCCCAGAUGGCCGCAAUGGCUGGAGCUGCACCGAUCUGAAACCAGGAGCCAGGAGCUUCUUCCGGGUCUCCCACAGGGGUGCAGGGGCCCGAGGACUUGGGCCAUCUUCCACUGCUUUCCCAGGCCAUGGCAGGGAGCUGGAUUGGAAGUGGAGCAGCCGGCACUUGAGCUGGUGCCCAUAUGGGAUGCUGGCACUGCAAGCAACGGCUUUACCAGCUACACCACAGUGCCAGCCCCUGUUUAUUGUUUUUAAUUAAAUAAAGAUAUAAGACCUUCGCAGCCAGUGCCUAUGAGGAAUGACUAUUCCUCAGGAAGUCCUUUUCCUUUAUUGUUUAUUAUUAUGUUUUUCUCUCUUUGUAAGAGUGAGAGUGAGUGAGUGCGAGAGAGACCUUCCAUGCACAGGUCCACUCCCCCAAAUGUUUGGAAGGGCCUGGGCUGAGCCAGGCUGAAGCCAGGAGCCUGGAGCCUGGUCUCCCGGGAGCAGGAACCCGAGCUCUUGGACAACAUGUGCUGCCUCCUAGGAGGCACUGGCAGGAAGCUGGAUUGGAAGCAGAGUAGCUGGGACUCGAACCAGGCACUCCAGUAUGGGAUGAAGGCAUCUCAAGGAGCGGCUUAAUCUCAGCCACAGUGCCUACCCCAGCGAGUCCUUAUGGACCGGCCUGAAUCUGAGCUGAGCCACCAUUGCGGGCUUGAAAUCCCAGGAGCUGUAGGAGGGGGCGGGGGGAGGGGGACACAGGACAGGUGAAGAGUCUCCUCUGGCUCGUGAUGGGAGUGAGUCACAGGUGUUUCUCAGCCAGACACACGAUAAGAAAAGGCUGCAUUUUGAAUAUUGAUGUGUCAUCAAGCAGACUUUCAUGUGAAUAAAUACUUGCACACACCUCAGAAUUACAAGUAAAAUCUGGGCUGGUGCUGUGGUGUAGCGGGUUAAGCCUCCACCUGUGGCACCGGCAUCCCAUAUGGGUGCCAGUUCCAGUCCCAGCUGCUCCCCUUCCCAUGCACCCCCCUGCUGUGGCCUGGGAAAGCAACAGAAAGUGGCGCAGUGCUUGGGCCCCUGCACCCACGUGGGAGACCUGGAUGACGCUCCUGGCUUCAGCCUGGCCCAGCCCUGGCUGUUGUGGCCAUCUGGGGAGUGAACCAGUGAUAGAAGAUCUCUCUCUCUCUGUCUCCCUCACUUGCUAUAACUCUUUUUUUCUUUAAAGAUUUAUUUAUUUAUUUGAAAGGCAGAGAUACAGGGAGGGAGGGAGAGAGGGAGAUCUUACAUCUGCUGCAAUGUGCUGCCAAAUCAAAAAGUCAAAGAGCUGCCACGGCUGGGGCUGCUCAAGGAGCUUCCUCUGCGUCUCCCACAUGGGUGCAGGGGCCCAGGCACAUGGGCCAUCUUCCUCUGCUUUUCCAGGAGCACUAGCAGGAGCUGGGUUGGAAGUGGAGCAGCUGGGACUUGAGCAGGCACCCAUAUGGGAUGCUGGCCCUGCGAACAGUAGCCCAACCCGUUAUGCCACAGUGCUGACCCCACGUGAGUCUAGCUUCCAUCCUGCUUCAGAGCCAUGUGUGAGGGGAGCUCCUGCUCACCUGGGAGCACACGCCAGCCCGUGUGCUCAGCUUCCGCAAGGCUGCUCCGGGCUGGGCCACCGAGGCGCAUGGGCAAGGGAGAGGCUUUCAGAUGGCAGCUCUGGAGGUCCCUACACGUUUGUGUCUGGUCUCCAGCUGGCAUAGCUGCUGGGUGGUCCCACGUUUGGCCCUGUCCCUUUCAGUGGAGGGUCCACACCCUGGGCGUUCUUGCUGAGUUGGCCGAGAGCGCAGUUUGUCCUUCGUGUCUCUCCCAGAAGUGAGUUCCCAGAUCUUAAAUGGCUCCUGAAAGCCCAGUCCCUGUUAGUGGUGCCAAAUUGAAAUCACAAGGACAAGGCUGGUAAAGGGAGGAGAAAGCUGUCUGUCGAUGGACGAGGAGGUAGCAGACAGAGCUGGAGAACUGCCGUCCAAGGGCAGCUCAUGGCUCUGGGGUUCAGGAGGGGGUGGAGGUCAGGGCUCAGGAGUCAGCAAAUGCCAAAGCUGGCUACGGGUGCAGCAUCAGCAUGGUUUUUUUUUUUAUAUAAUUUUUUUAUUUCAAAGGCAGAGAGAGAGAAUCUUCCAUCCGCUGGUUCUCUCCAAAUGCCUGCAACGGCCGGGGCUGGGCCAGACUGAAGCCGGGAGCCGGGAACUCCAUCGGGGUCUCCCACGUGGCUGGCAGGGGCCAUCUUCUGCUGCUUUUCCAGGCACAUUAAUAGGGAGCUGCCUGGGAAACGGAGCAGCCUGGACUCCGGCUGGCGCUCAUAUGGGACGCUGGCGCCGCAGGUGGCUUGACCUGCGCCACGUGCCGGCCCCCAGGCGUCUCCUUACAUCUCAAACGUCGGUGCAGUUUCUGAUAAACAUGCAGGAGAACUGACGGCUAACACGGUGGAGCUCACCGCUCGUCCUGCCCGCCCCCCAGGAAUGGCACAACACUGUUUUGCUGGAGAUGCUGAGACCCCCGAGGUUCAUUAGGGGUAAUGAAGACCAU